GGAGCUGUCUUCCCACCUAGAAGCAGCUUCUCGCUCCUUCUCGAGUCUCUGUCCGGCCGCCCCCACUCCAGCCUCCCUCAUGUCCAUCAGGGUGACCCAGAAGUCCUACAAGAUGUCCGCCUCUGGCCCCCGGGGGGCCUUCAGCAGCCGCUCGUACACCAGCGGGCCCAGUGCCCGCAUCAGCUCCUCGAGCUUCUCCCGGGUGGGCAGCGGCAGCAGCUUCCGGAGUGGCCUGGGCGUGGGUCUGGGCGUGGGUCUGGGCUAUGCCGGGGCCGGUGGUCUGGGGGGCAUCACAGCCGUCACGGUGAACCAGAGCCUGCUGAGCCCCCUCAACCUGGAGGUGGACCCCAACAUCCAGGCUGUGCGCACCCAGGAGAAGGAGGAGAUCAAAACCCUCAACAACAAGUUUGCCUCCUUCAUCGACAAGGUGCGAUUCCUGGAGCAGCAGAACAAGAUGCUGGAGACCAAGUGGAGCCUCCUGCAGCAGCAGAAAACGGCUCGGAGCAACAUGGACGGCAUGUUUGAAAACUACAUCAGCAACCUUCGGAGACAGCUGGACACACUGGGCCAGGAGAAGCUGAAGCUGGAGGCGGAGCUCGGCAACAUGCAGGGGCUGGUGGAGGACUUCAAGAAUAAGUAUGAGGAUGAGAUCAAUAAGCGUACAGACGUGGAGAAUGAAUUUGUUCUCAUCAAGAAGGAUGUGGAUGAAGCUUACAUGAACAAGGUGGAGCUGGAGUCUCGCCUGGAAGGGCUGACUGAUGAGAUCAACUUCCUUAGGCAGCUGCAUGAAGAGGAGAUCCGUGAGUUGCAGUCCCAGAUCUCGGACACAUCUGUGGUGCUGUCCAUGGACAACAGCCGCUCCCUGGACAUGGACAGCAUCAUCGCUGAGGUCCGCGCCCAGUACGAGGAGAUUGCCAACCGCAGCCGGGCUGAGGCUGAGAGCAUGUACCAGACCAAGUAUGAGGAGCUGGAGGUUCUGGCUGGGAAGCAUGGGGAUGACCUGCGUCGCACGAAGACGGAGAUCUCUGACAUGAACCGGAACAUCAGCCGGCUCCAGGCUGAGAUCGAAGGUCUCAAAGGCCAGAGGGCUUCCCUGGAGGCUGCCAUUUUGGAUGCUGAGCAGCGUGGGAAACAGGCCGUUGAGGACGCCAAGGCCAAGGUGGAGGAGCUGGAGGCCGCCCUGCUUCGAGCCAAGCAGGACAUGGCGCGGCAGCUGCGCGAGUACCAGGAGCUCAUGAACGUCAAGCUGGCCCUGGACAUCGAGAUCGCCACCUACCGCAAGCUGCUGGAGGGCGAGGAGAGCCGGCUGGAGUCUGGGAUGCAGAACAUGAGCAUCCACACGAAGACCACCAGCGGCUACUCAGGUGGGCUGAGCUCGGCCUACGGGGGCCUCACAAGCCCUGGCUUCAGCUAUGGCCUGAGCUCCUUCCAGCCCGGCUUUGGUUCUGGUGGGAGCUCUGGCUCCUUUAGCCGCACUGGCUCCUCCAAGACUGUGGUUGUGAAGAAGAUCGAGACCCGCGAUGGGAAGCUGGUGUCCGAGUCCUCUGAUGUCCUGCCCAAGUGAACGGCCACUGAGACCCCUCCAGCCUACCUCCUCGGGUGGCUGCCCCAGAGCCUGUGGGGGUAGACAACUGUGCCAGGGAGCACAGGGAGCAAGAGACCCACGUGAGGCUCAGCCCCGGCCCUCAGCCCACCCUUGGGGGGAGUUUACUGCCCAGGGUACUCCCUCUUACCCAUGCCCCCAACUAAAAACCAAUUCAAUUGCCUUUUCCAAAAUAAAGCCUCAGCUAGCUCUGCCAACCAC